GGGAAGCAUGAACCAAUAAAAUAUUUGGUAAGUAUGUUACUAAUAAAUGUGACAGCACCUCAACCGGAAGUAUCAGGCGAUCAUUCAAUGCAGCUCCAUCAAACUACUUCUCCUCUACCAUUCACUGUUUCACAUUUCCAAGCCCAUUCAUUCAAUCACAACAUCUGUUUUCCCAUCUGUCCUGCAAUCAUGCUCUGUUCUUCUCUCUGUAUGGAGUUCCUCCUCCUGGUUUUCCACCAUUAAAUGACUCGGGCACUGUAUUAUGCUCUGCAUUUUGAUAUGAGUUCAGCUCCACAGAAAUCCCAUGACUGGGAUGCGUCUGGCUCACCUGUGUUAUAUGAGUUCGGAUGGGGAGCAGCUCCUCCUCCAGUAGUGGGAUUCGAACCAGGACCAAAAAACAGAGUCGCCACCUUAAGCCCAGCCCUUAUAGCCAUGAUUGCAGUUCUAGGCAGUGCUCUGCUAAUAGUAAGCUACUACAAAUUCGUCUACAAGUACUGCAAAUCAUGUCCAAGGCGUCGUGGGUUCGAAUCCCCGGAGCUGGAUGAUGGAGGAAUGCUGUUUCAGGACCCAGAGGCCUGGCAAAUCUUCAAUGGCAGUUAUGGUCUGGAUGAAGCUGUGAUAAAGUCCAUUCCCCUGUUCAUUUUCAGAAAGGGGGGAGAUGAAGACAAGUUUUGGGAUGGUGGUCUUGAAUGCUCUGUUUGUUUGUUGGAGUUCAAAGAGAGAGAAGCUCUGAGAGUUCUUCCCAAAUGCAGCCAUGCUUUUCAUGUUAACUGUAUUGAUGUCUGGCUGCGGUCCCAUGCAAAUUGUCCGCUUUGCAGAGCAAACAUAGUAGUGAAUUGGAAUAACAACAGUAGUCAUGUUGGAAGUUGCCCUUUUGUUCCUGCCAUGGCGGCCAGAGUACGUCCCAAUCUGGAGUAUGGCAUUGCCGGUGUCGUACAUGACAGCUUCAGAUCUGAGGAGCAAAACAACAAUGCUAUCAGUAGGAAUAGUGAUGGGCAGAGGAAUGCGACACGGGGGGGAUUCACUGAUGUGCAAUCCACCACAGAUCACGAAGCUCGUCCUGAGGAAACUUUUGAGGAUUUGGGUGCUGAAAAUUUUGCUUUUAGUAAGCUUGAGGAUUUGGGUGCUGAAAAUCUUGCUUUCAGUACUUUUAGUAAGCUUGAGGAUUUGGGGGCUGAAAAUCUUGCUUUUAGUACUUUUAGUAAGCUUGAGGAUUUGGGUGCUGAAAAUCUUGCUUUCAGUAAGCCUGUUUUGACAAGAUCUUAUUCAUUUGGGUGCUCUGGUAAUGAGCAUUACAGUGGGAAUGCAGAGGCUUCUUUUGAGUCCUUAUUGAUGACAGAAACCUCUGCUUCUGCUUCUUCACCAUGGAAGAGGGCAUUCAAGAAAUUUAAUUCAAAGGGAAGUGGGCUUUUCUCCUUAAGGUCUCCUUUUUUUCACAGAACCAGAGGAGGCUCUGCCUCUGCCUCUGCCUCUGCCUCUGCCUCUGCCUCUGCUUCUGCUUCUGCCUCUGCUUCCAUUUUUUCUUCAAUGAUCAUGUCCCCUGCAAGAGAUUACAGUCACAGGCGUUAUAGGAGGGAUUUCAGGCAUGGAGGAGGAAGCAUAAGUAGAAUUAGAGGCGGCAGCUUGAGCCCUCCAAUUUUGAGAGUUCAUCAACAGUCAGGCAGAGCACAGUCCAUGACCAGUCCCUUGUUUGUUAAAAGAUCAAGUUUUUCUGUGUUCACACCAAGCAGACUGAGAUCAGGAGAUCCAGAGGCCCUGCUAUCACCUGAUAGAUUCAGCAAUCAGCCUUAACAAGGACCUGCGAUCACUGGUUUUGUCUUCAACCAAGCCCAUGGCUCUGGUAAUCUUCAAGUAUUAUGUUAAUUCACCGUCUGAUCAGAUUACACAUCCUCUGAACAUCUGAAUCGCAAUAUACAGAGAGCUGUAAGAGUGUUGCAGAGACAUGCACAUGGAUAUUCACUGCAAUUUGGGUAGGUGUGGUGGAGGUUGAAUUGAUCUUGCACUUUCUCUCUGCGAUAGUAAUUAAUGCAUGGUAAAUGUGGCGGUGGAAGAUUGUGGACAUGCAACUACUCGAGGGACCGCAUUAAAUGAAUAAGAUGGUCAUUAAUUGUUGGGAGCAUUAAAUAUGGGUGAUCGGAUUUAUAACUUCUGACGUGCUUUACAAUCAAUCGAUACUGUGAACGGGCUGCGCCUGAUUCCUUUUGCGUUUCACGAUUCUUCACCAUACAAGUCAUGUUUUUGGCACUAAUUUUUUAAUAUAUGAAAUCCUUGACUUAGUCGAGGAUUAUCUUAA